AUGAUGUCAAAAGAUACAAUACAAGCUGCCAAACAGAAAGCUAUAAGUACGGUGUAUGAACUUUUGGCUGACAAGCCUGAACAGGAACAGCUUUUGUUGUCCAUGCUUGUAAACAAGUUGGGAGAUCCGGAUUACAAACUGGCUGCCAAAUCUACACAUCUACUUUCCCGGCUAGUUGACAAGCACCCAAACAUGAAGGCAGUGGUUGUGGCGGAGGUGGAACGUUUACUGUACAGACCUAACAUAGCAAAGAGAGCGCAAUAUUAUGGUGUGUGUUUCCUCAAUCAGCUGAUGUUGAGUGAGGAGGAAUCCGAGCUUGCCAUCAAACUCAUACGGCUCUACUUCUCAUUUUUUAAGGCUUUUGUGAAGAGAGGUGAGGUGGACAGUAAGAUGAUGAGUGGCCUGCUCUCAGGGGUCAACAGGGCAUAUCCAUACGCCAAAGGUGAAGAGAAGUUUAUCAGUGAACAGAUGGAUACCUUAUAUAAGAUUGUACACUUAGUGAACUUUAACACCAGCCUGCAGGCCCUCAUGUUACUGUAUCAGGUGAUGGACUCAAGUCAGAAUGUCUCUGACCGGUACUAUGUGGCCCUCUACAAGAAGAUGAUCGACCCAGCUCUGUGCACAUCUGCUAGACAAGCCAUGUUCUUAAAUCUACUGUUUAAAAGUAUCAAGAAAGAUGUGGCUGACAGGCGGGUCAAGGCCUUUAUUAAGCGACUGCUACAGAUCUGUCCAUUCCAGUCGCCCCAGUUUACCUGUGCUGCCCUGGUGUUGCUUGGGGAGGUCAUCAAAAUUCAGCCUCAUGCCAUUCUUACUCAACAUAAGAGUAUGGGUUUUGAUGAUAAUGAAGAUGAUGAUGAGGAGGAACAUUUCACUGACCUUCCCGCUCCAGACGAGGAUGUAGUCCUGAUGAAACAAGAGGAACCAAAGGAUGUAAAGCCAGUUAUACCGUCGUCAUGGAUACACAAAUCUAUAGGUCAAGGCCACAGUAUGUUUUACAACCCCUCCGUAAGAAAUCCUCUACAUUGUCGCGCUGAGCAGGAAUGCAUGUGGGAACUGGAGAAACUCGCGGCACAUUUCCAUCCAUCUGUUGCUCUGUUUGCUCAAACUCUUCUCAAGGGUGAGCCAAUCACAUAUGGAGGAGAUCCUCUACAUGACUUUACCACCAUCAGAUUCCUCGAGCGAUUUGUCUACAAAAAUCCCAAACAACAACAGAACAUACCAGAAAACUCAGGAAUUCUGUCCAAGACAAAGACCAAGAGGAGAGACCCAUUGACAGGUGCCAGGAAGUUUGCUGUAAACAGCAAAAGUUUCCUUGAGAAGGAUGAAAGUGAAAUCCCAGUCGAGGAAAAGUUCUUCCAUAA